AUUGCUUGAUUUACUGUCAAGCCAUUUGCGUCCAGUCCAAGUCCAACCAGUCUUCUUCGUUGAUCAUCGUGAUUGAUUUGACUUUUCGAUUUCUCCAAUUUCUCUCUUGCCAAGCUUCUUUUAAAUUUCUCGCCCACCAAGCUUUCUCUCUUGGGAAGCUCUGGUCUGAUCUCUCUCACGAGAAGGAACUUCGGUUUUCGGCACAAAUUGAUUGUGUGAGAUAGGGAAGCUGAAACUUGUAGGAAGAACAAGGGCUUAAGUGAGUUGACUCAACAGCUUUUGACAUACAUCUGAGUUUCUCUUAGUUUAAUCCUUGGAAGGGUUUGGAAGUCUGCAAAUAUGAGUGACAAUAUGAUGGAGAAGGUGACUGCUCUUGGGGAACGACUUAAGAUUGGAGGUGCUGAGGUGGGGCGGAAGAUGAGUGCGGGCAUGAGCUCUAUGAGCUUCAAGAUGAAGGAGUUCUUCCAAGGUCCAAACCAGGCUGAUAAGCUCGUUGAAGAAGCCACAUCUGAGGCCCUCGAGGAGCCUGAUUGGGCCAUGAAUCUUGAGAUCUGUGAUAUGAUGAAUCAUGAGAAAAUAAGCAGCAUUGAAUUGAUCCGUGGUAUAAAGAAGCGGAUUAUGAUGAAGGACCCUAGGGUUCAGUAUUUGGCCUUGGUGUUACUUGAAACAUGUGCAAAGAAUUGCGAGAAGGCUUUUUCGGAGGUGGUGGCUGAGAGGGUGCUGGAUGAAAUGGUGAAGCUGAUUGAUGAUCCACAAACUGUUAUUAAUAAUCGGAACAAGGCUUUAUUGAUGAUCGAGGCGUGGGGAGAGUCAACCAACGAGCUCCGCUAUUUGCCUGCGUAUGAAGAAACAUACAAGAGCUUAAAAUCUAGGGGUAUCCGGUUCCCUGGUCGUGACAAUGAGAGUUUGGCGCCUAUUUUUACACCUCCUCAUUCAGUAUCAGUUCCAGAAGUGGAUGUUGUCCUUGCACAACAGCUUGAGCGUGACAUUCCUGUACAGAGCUUCACUGCUGAACAGACGAAGGAAGCAUUUGAUGUGGCAAGAAACAGCAUUGAACUUCUUACAACAGUCAUAUCUUCUUCAUCACAGCAAGAUGCUUUUGAGGAUGACCUGACAAUGACCCUUUUGCAACAAUGCCGGCAUUCCCAGACAACUGUUCAGAGAAUAGUCGAGACAGCUGGAGAUAACGAGGCCUUGCUUUUUGAAGCUUUGAAUGUGAAUGAUGAGAUCCUGAAAGUCCUCUCUAAAUAUGAAGAUAUGAAGAAGCCAUCAGCUCCUCAUGAGCCAGAACCUGCCAUGAUUCCUGUCUCUAUUGAGCCUGAUGAGUCACCUCAUCAUGCAAAAGAAGAUGCACUGAUUAGGAAACCAGCUGGUUCUCGAGGUGGAACCCCUGGAGCAAGCAAUGAUGACAUGAUGGAUGAUCUCGAUGAGAUGAUCUUUGGGAGAAAGGGCGGAGGUACAUCUGAUGGUUCGCAUGAUGGAAAGAAGCAGCAAUCCCCCAAAGAUGAUCUCAUCUCCUUUUGAGUUGCUUGGCUGAUGAGGGCCUUCUGUUCUGGGAUGGAGGAGGCCUUUGAUGUUGUUGAUGCCUUGCUUAAAGUAAUGAGCAUUUAGGUUUGAUAUUUGUGGGUUGUACUUACAUAUUACCAUUUUUUCUGAAAAACUCCGUGCAAGUAAAUUUAUGGUUGGGUAUGAUGUCAUGAUUACUCUGUGUGGUACAAAUGGGAGAUUUGAAUGAACAUGUUUUACAGUGUGCCUUGUACGUCUCCUGCCCAGCAGCUGAAUUCUGAAGCCCGUUCUUGGUGUUGAAAUACA